AAAAAGGGGCAAAUCACGUUUUCACAGCGCCAUAACGCGACUCCUAGAAUUUAAUACGUCCACCGGUAACCUGAGCCCUAAAAUGGGGCGAGAGAAACAAAUGCUCUGCCACAAAAGGACCACCUGCAUGUUUUUUUCCACACCACGUAGGCUCUGACGUGACCGUGCCCUACGUUCAAACCAGAAGAAAGUUGUUUGUAUAUGUUCGUGGGUGUAUACAAUGAAUAUAUCCGUAGCUGAUCGAUGGCAGUAACAUUCCGUGCAGUUGCGCGCGAAUAAAAGGAAAUCCGUCGACCGACAGGAAGUUGUCAAAGUCGGAGCUCUUCUCAGUUACAAGAUCGACGUACUUGUUUUGUUGUGUAGUCCUUGUCAUCUGCAGAGUUCACUCUCUCGCUCGAGCCCUGCAGCUGCUGCAUGUAUGCCCUUUUUCUAUUUAGUACCUGUUUUGUUUUCAAAAUAGCAGGUCCAGGGUUCGAUUAUCGGGACAUGAGGUAUCUCCGCCAUAAGCUAUGAUCGUCGCGUUGUUCGAUUUUCAGGCAUUUAAUGUGGUCCAAUGUUUAGAGAAAAUCGGUCUAUGGUUUCACUGCUUGGCUUUGAUAUAACAGCUUUAAUCAGAGAGAGCUGAUGCUUAAAGAUCUCAUUAUAUGUUGAAGAUAGUUUUCAGAUUGCGAGAUUCAGCCUGCUGUCCCGAGGACAUGCUCUUCAUUGUGAAAGCUUGCAGAUGACUGAAGUUGGCAGAUUCUUUGCACAUGGGACAUUACUUAUGAUUUGAGUGACUUAUAGAUCAAAUAAAUUUAACUUGUUUUCUGAGUUAAAAAAUCGUUUCUCACAAUGUUGAUCAACAAAUCACUCUUGCUAACCUAUCUGUACCUGCUCAUAUACAUCUCCCUUUCAUCUGGUGUCAUUCUGUAUAACAAGUGGGUACUAUCAACAAAGCAUUUCAAUUUUCCAUUCCCAAUAACUCUCACAAUGAUUCACAUGGGAUUUUCUGGAGCAGUUGCUUUCAUACUUGUUCGUGUCCUCAAGGUUGUUACACCAGUCAAAAUGACAUUUGAAAUAUAUGCAACAUGUGUUGUUCCAAUCAGUGCUUUCUUUGCAUCAAGUCUGUGGUUUGGAAAUACUGCAUAUCUUCAUAUUUCAGUGGCCUUUAUCCAAAUGCUGAAAGCUCUCAUGCCAGUUGCAACCUACAUGAUGGCUGUGAUUUGUCAUACUGACAAACCAAGAUGUGACUUGUUUCUCAACAUGUUGCUGGUCAGUAUUGGAGUAGUCAUUUCCUCUUAUGGGGAGAUACAUUUCAAUAUAGUUGGUACAAUGUAUCAGGUUACAGGUAUAUUUGCAGAAGCUCUUCGUUUGGUAUUAACUCAAGUCCUACUUCAGAAGAAGGGCUUGACUCUAAAUCCUGUCACCAGUUUGUACUACAUAGCUCCUUGCAGUUUCUUGUUUCUGUUUGUUCCUUGGUAUCUGUUGGAGCAACCAGCAAUGGAGGUUCAGCAGCUACAGUUCAAUUUUUGGAUUUUUUUCUCAAAUGCUCUUUGUGCAUUGGCGUUGAACUUCUCCAUAUUUUUGGUCAUUGGUAGAACUGGAGCAGUCACUGUUAGAGUGGCUGGUGUAUUGAAGGACUGGAUACUUAUUGCUCUUUCAACAGUAGUGUUUCCAGAGUCAGCAAUCACAGGGCUCAACAUAAUUGGAUAUGCAAUUGCUCUAUGUGGUGUAGUGCUAUAUAAUUACUUGAAGGUGAAGGAUGGUCGGGCCACAAGUCAAUUGCCUAUUGAUGCUGCACCGGAGAAGUCAAAGACUCUACUGAAGGAUUGGAAAUUCAAGACAUCAGACGUUGCAAACAAUGGAAGCGGAACCAAUUCAGCAACCUCUGAUCUGGAUGAAGAAGCUUUAUUACUACCAUCUUCUAGACUUUCACAUAUAGGGCGGACUCCAGGAAAUGGCCUUGGGGGUUGAUUUCUUCUUCAUUUGAAUUUACAGUAUUUGCGUUUCAUCAGAUCAGAUUCCUGAGAUUGGUGUAUCUCCACUAUUUUGUUUAUGAUGCUCUCAAAUGAGCACAUAAGGAAGAGCAUCAGUCCAUGAUCAAUUUUUUUGUCAGAGCAUUGCAUUAAUUCUUUGCCAACGAGCCUGACAGAUAUAUUUUCUUCUAACAUUAUCCUAUCAAGUAUUAUCCGUGAAGCUUCUUUAUAUUGUAGUUGAGCUCAUUUUUGUAUCAGGGCAAGAUGCCUGAAUUGUAAUAUUUGAUCUUGCUUUUUUGUAUAAGUGGACAUGAACUUUUCUAAUGUAAGCUCUUCCAAGGUUCAUUCUACCAAAAGAAGGGUUUGCAGGUAUGACCUUUAGUUCAAAUUAAAUAGAAUUUUGGUUGAUUUCUUACAGCAAUAUCGCUGAAGAAUUUCCUGGACCAUUGAGUUUAUCUUCGAAAGAAUGUUUUAUAUGUAGUCAUUGUUCUUUGUGAACCAGUUUCUAAGGUUAAGGUGUCGAUCCAUAAGCUUUA